AUGAGCGCCGCUACAGAACCAAGAGAAACUGGUAUGCUUGAUGUCGGAACACAUUGUGCAUUUUGCAGGGAAUUAGACUUUUUACCCUUUCAUUGUUCCGGUUGUGAUAAGGACUUUUGUUCAAACCAUAGAUUGAGAGAAUCUCAUUAUUGUGAAUCUUUACAACAACGUCAAGAGGAGAAACCAUCUUCAACAAGCCAUGUCAAAGUGGCUGAUAAUGGUGGGAAGUUCUUCAAAGGCUUACUCCCAGAGAAGGGAUACAUUAGAGUGAAUAAUGUCCCUAAUAAUAGUAAUAAUAAUACUGUGCCAAGGAAAACAGAGGGGAGGACGAUACGAUCUACUUUGAAUAAUUCCGCUUUAACUAAAUUGAAACAUUUCUUCCAAAAGAAUCACAAUAAGCAAAAUAAACUACAAAGGAUGAAGAUAUUUAAACCCAAUAAGAUUGUUGAACUGAACAAUCUAAAGAAAUUGGCCAAGGGUGACAGUAAGAUUCCUUUAAGUAAUAGAAUUUAUAUUUGGUGCUAUUGUGUGGAAAAUGGGAACGAUAACAAGUCUGCCGUUUUCAUUAAUAAGAUUUGGCCUUUAGGUAGGGUAUUAGACUAUUUGGCAAAGCAAUUAAACGUAAAGAAUAUAAACAAUAGCUUUAAGGCAACUACAAAGGAAAAACUGUAUCUCUACAAAGAAGAAAUUGUCAAAGCUAAAACGAAUGAAAGUGACGAAGUAAAUUUCCAUAUGGUAAACCUAUCAGGAAGAGCAUCCGAAGAACUGAAAGAUUUAGACGUUAUAUAUUUAGUUCGUGGUGAAGAGCUUCCUAAUUGA